CUCUUUUCCCCCCUCUUUCAUACAACAAGUAUAACCACAAUGGCUGAACAACUCACUAAGGGUAAGCACUCGCAGCGCGGUCUUACCGGGUGACACACUGUCCACUUCACUAACUACUCUUCUCCCCCUCGGCGUUCAACAGAACAAAUUGCCGAAUUCAAGGAGGCUUUCUCCCUCUUCGACAAGGGUAUGUUUGCGCGUGCUGGAAAGCGGGUGGUAGUGUUGAUUGGGUGCUGAUGGCCUUGUCUUUUUCUUGGUUUUUUCGACGUUGCUCUAUUCUGGGGUACACCGCUUUGAUCCCUCUUUUUCUCCUCUUCACUACGGACAACCCGCGUUCCCCCUCACGACUGAUCCUCAUUCCUGAUGGCCUACUCGUCCUGAAACGUAUGCGAUACGACGCGCAAUCGUACAGAUGGCGAUGGAACUAUCACCACCAAGGAGCUCGGUACCGUCAUGCGCUCUUUGGGCCAGAACCCCACCCAGGCUGAGCUUGAGGAUAUGAUCAACGAGGUCGACGCUGACGGAAACAACUCUAUCGACUUUGCCGAGUUUAUGACUCUUAUGGCUAGGAAGAUGCACGACACCGACUCUGAGGAGGAGAUCCGUGAGGCUUUCAAGGUCUUUGACAAGAACAACGACGGCCACAUCUCUGCUGCCGAGUUGAAGCACGUCAUGACCAACCUCGGCGAGAAGCUCACAGACGCCGAGAUCAGCGAGAUGAUCCGGGAGGCCGACAAGGACGGUGAUGGUAUGAUCGACUACAACGAGUUUGUCACUAUGAUGAUCGCCAAAUAAUCGCCCCUUGUAUCCCUCUCUGUGCUGUCCAAGAACAAUCUUGCCAAAAACGACGAACCCCUUUUAUUUACUUCUCUUUUCAUGAUGCGUAUGACUGUUUGACUGUGGAGGAAUAGGCAGAAGGGAAGUAGAAGAUAAAGCUUGUACAUCUGGGAUGAAUGAUUGCCA